AAACAGCCAAUAGGAUGAAUCGGAACGUUGAUGGCUGCUGGGUUACAGUGUAACAGAAUAACAUUCCUGGUUUAACGACUGUAUCUGUAGUAAAACAGCAAAUAUCUUGAGAUAUCAACAACCGAAAACCUCAAAUUGCUUUCGAUAUGAAGAGAACAUCGUUACAUUUAUAAGAAUUGCAACAAAGGUUCUGCCAAGCAGAUGCUGCAUUGUAGAAUACAUGCGUGGGAUUUAAACAAAACUGGACACUGCAGAUUUGCAAGAAUUCUUUUGAAUGAAUCGCUUGCUGCACAAGCUUGGAAUACAACAGGAUAAACAGUAUUCAGAUGAACGGAUUCAAUAACCCAUACAUUAAAAGCAAAACAUGCUGCAUUUAUGGUAGUAGUAUUUCUUAAGAGACAUUUUAUAUAUUUUUAAACGCUUUAUAUAUUUUUAAGUAUUAGGGGGGAAAUGCACAUUUUUUUUCGUGUAAGGCAUCGCUGUUAAUGAAUCUGUAUCUGUAGUUUUUUUUUUUUUUUUUUUAAAUGGACACGAUUUUUAGCUAGCUAGUUUAUUACUUCUGUUUAUUGAAUGCAUCUACAUACAUAAAUAAUAAAUAUAUAAAUACUAACAUGAAUACAUCCUCAUAAAUUCAUAUUAGAAUAUUAACGCGUUUCUUAGUGUUGCUAGACAACUAACCAUAGUCUGAAAUGACUGGGUCCAGUUCGAAUAGCACCUGCACAGCAGCUGCGAAAGUGAACAAACACUCUAGAUCGAAAAGCACCAACAACUAUCGUAGUAGUCGCGGCAUUACCGGUGCAGAAUCCGCUGCGAGCGGUUCUACAAACAAUGCGAGCAGAUCUUCGGGAGGAGGAAAAGAAGAUAAAGAUGGAGGAGUGCUGUUUUAUGUGAACAAAAGUGGCUUUCCAAUAGACAGUCAGACCUGGGAGAGGAUGUGGACUCAUGUGGCCAAAAUUCAUCCUGAAGGGAAAGAGAUGGUGGAUAGAUUACGAAUUGCUGCAAACCUACCUAAACCUCCUGUGCUAUUAGUGCCGAACUUCAAGCCGUCGAUGUCUGCCCUAGACUGGCUCCUGGUGAUACAGAACUACAUGAAGACGCUGCAAUACAAUCAUACAGGAACUCAGUUCUUUGAAAUUAGGAAAACCAGACCGUUAAGUGGGUUGAUGGAGACGGCGAGAGAAAUGAUACGGGUAUCUCUUCCUAUAAAAUGCCUUGAAGCUGUGAUACUUGGGAUCUACCUGACCAAUGGGCUUACCUCUAUGGAGCGCUUUCCCAUCAGCUUUAAAACGCAGUUCUCCGGGAACUACUUCCACCACGUGGUCCUGGGUGUAUACUGCAAUGGGCGAUACGGCUCACUGGGCAUGAGCAGGAGGCCAGACCUUAUGGACAAGCCUCUAGCCUUCCGGACCCUGAGCGAGCUCAUCUUUGAGUUCGAGGACUCCUACCGCAAGUAUCUGCACACAGUGAAGAAGGUGAAGAUAGGACUAUAUGUGCCCCACGACCCGCACGUGUUCCAGCCCAUCGAGUGGAAGUACCUGGUGCUCACCUCCAGCAAGAUGGCACACGAGGAGAUGCGCAAGGAGAUGGAGAAACAUGCACGGGACAUGAGAAUGAAGAUACUGAAGUCCUCAACAGCCCAGUCUCCUAUUAAAGAGCGAAGAGGCAAGUCGUUGUCACCACGUCGAAGGCAAGCGAGUCCUCAGAGACGGCACAUGCGCAAAAGAGAUAAAUCGCCUGCAAUGAUUGACAAGAAACCUGCAGAACUUAGCACCUUGAAUGACGUGGCCUACCAAAUCCGGAUAUGAGGGAAGACCAUUGGGCAGAAUCUGUGAUCUUCCAUGGUGCUCCUACUUGCACUUUACCUUCCAAUCAGUUUUAAAUCUCUUUUAUGACUAUGUAUUAAAUACUGUGUAAAUACUUGAGUUUUUAUUGCUUAAUGUAUGUGUGCAAGAGGUAAGGCAACACGUCAAGAAAGCACCAAGGGGUCUUUAGACUGACAUUGAAGAAACUCUUUGGUUGGCUGUAAUAGUUAUUAACAUUCUCAAUUAAAUAGUGCUGUAAGGA